ACAAACACACACCACAUCACCCAAAAUUUCUACAAUUUUUGCAUAUUUAUUUAUAUAUAAAAAAAAUGAAGCCAUUGGUUGCAAAAUUCAUGCUCAUGGCACUUGUACUCUUGGGUUCUUCAAUCCUUCAAAUCACCAUGGCUGGUUCAAGUAUCUGCGACUCGAAGUGUGCGGUGAGGUGCUCGAAGGCAGGGAGGCAAGAUAGAUGUUUAAAGUACUGUGGGAUAUGCUGCGAAGAGUGUCAAUGUGUACCCUCUGGAACGUACGGGAAUAAAGACGAAUGCCCUUGUUAUAGGGACAAGAAGAACUCCAAGGGCACGUCCAAAUGCCCCUGAAGGCAUUUCUGUGUUGUAUUACCGGGAUAUCUGAACAAAGGCGUUUGUUAUAGGGAAAAGAAAGUUCUAUGAACGAUACUGGACGUGCUUGUGGUAUUUUAUUUAUUCAUCAURUUAUCUUUAUUUAAUUGAACUUUAUAAUAAAAGAUGGCAUUUAURUUGCAUUUGGUGGACAAUUUUUAUGACU